UCCGCGGAUCCCGGCCGCCGUUCGGGCGCGCGCAGCUAGCGGGCGCGACUAUGCCAAGAUGGUCUUGCAGGCGCGGAGCAAGCACCGGGACGCGGCUCCCAGGCCGCCCCGGUCGGCCCGCUCGUCGCCGCCGCCACUGAGCCGGGCAUCCGAUGUGGGCGCUGGGGAGCAGGGGCCGGAGCGCUCGCCGCCGUCGCCGGGGCGCAGGGGCACCGCGGGCAGGAAGGGGCCCCGCGCGGAGACCGCCGCGCCCGCCCCGGACGGCCUCGCGGGCCGCCUGGCGGCCGGGCUGCACUGGGCGCUGGGCCUGCGGCGCGGGCGCGGCCGGACCUGGAGCACGCUGCUGCUAGCUUCCUUUGCAGCCCUAUUGCACUGGAGCCACAUAACACACCUCUUUGAAAACGACCGGCAUUUUUCUCACCUCUCAACGCUGGAAAGGGAGAUGGCGUUCCGCACUGAAAUGGGGCUGUAUUAUUCUUACUUCAAGACUAUUGUGGAAGCACCCUCGUUUUUGAAUGGCGUAUGGAUGAUAAUGAAUGACAAGCUGACUGAAUACCCCCUUGUUAUUAACACAUUACAGAGGUUCAAUCUUUACCCUGAGGUGAUCUUAGCUAGCUGGUACCGGAUUUAUACCAAAAUAAUGGAUUUGAUUGGUAUUCAAACCAAGAUAUGCUGGACAGUUACCCGAGGAGAAGGACUGAGUCCGAUUGAAAGCUGUGAGGGAUUGGGAGAUCCAGCUUGCUUUUAUGUUGCUGUAAUUUUUAUGUUAAAUGGACUAAUGAUGGCAUUAUUCUUCAUAUAUGGCACAUAUUUAAGUGGCAGCCGAUUGGGAGGCGUGGUCACAGUGCUGUGCUUCUUUUUCAAUCAUGGAGAGUGUACCCGUGUGAUGUGGACGCCGCCUCUCCGAGAAAGCUUCUCAUACCCAUUCCUUGUACUUCAGAUGUUGCUUGUGACUCAUAUUCUCAGGGAGACCAUUGCAUCCAUUGCAUCGUCUGAGCCUGGUGGUCACAUCCUAAAUGGGAUUAUUAAUGAUAUGCGGGGUGUCAUGGCUCAACAACAGACACAUACAAGAAAACAACAACUUGAGCACGGAGAGUUGGUUUACCAUGCUCUGCAGCUAUUGGCAUACACAGCCCUUGGUGUUCUGAUCAUGAGACUGAAGCUCUUCCUCACACCACACAUGUGUGUUAUGGCAUCCUUGAUCUGCUCCAGACAGCUGUUUGGAUGGCUCUUUGGCAAAGUGCAUCCUGGUGCUGUUGUCUUUGCUGUAUUAGCAGCAAUGUCUAUUCAAGGUUCUAUAAACCUGCAAACCCAGUGGAACAUCGUAGGGGAGUUCAGCAAUUUACCACAAGAGGAGCUCAUAGAAUGGAUCAGAUACAGCACGAAACCAGAUGCAGUGUUUGCAGGUGCCAUGCCCACCAUGGCAAGUGUGAAGCUCUCUGCUCUCCGACCCGUUGUGAACCACCCACAUUAUGAAGAUGCAGGUCUAAGAGCCAGAACAAAAUAGUAUAUUCAUGUAUAGCCGAAAGCACCUGAGGAUGUGAAGGAAUUGAUGAAAUUAAAAGUGAAUUACUACAUUCUGGAAGAGUCAUGGUGCAUCAGAAGAUCCAAGCCUGGGUGCAGCAUGCCUGAAAUCUGGGAUGUGGAGGAUCCGGACAAUGCUGGGAAAACACCCCUGUGUAACAUCUUGGUGAAGGAUUCCAAGCCUCACUUUACCACGGUGUUCCAGAACAGUGUUUACAAAGUCCUAGAAGUUAUCAGACAGUGACUGCAUGUGCACCUGCCAGAGACCGCAUCAGUAAUGGCUUUACUGCUUUGCCACUAACUCAGAUUACAAACCUUUUAAAAGUCUUGGAGUAGCUGUUUUCAAAUGGCAAACAUUUGAUUUGGUCAAUUUGCUAGUCUGGUUGUAAAAAUGACUUUCACCAGAUCGAUUAGUUACUGUUUCAGUGCACCUGUUAAAAUUUGCUAUGCAAAUGAGUAGUAUAUGCUUGUACUUGGUUUAAAUAUUUGUGUUACGGUGAACAAAGCCAUCUGUGGAGAAAUACAUCAUGGGUCACGACAGAUGACAUGAAACUAUAGUCACUUCUGGACUGUUGAGGGCCUGUUACCACCCUUGCUUCCUAUUUUCUUCCUGGUCUUAUAUUUGAACAUUUCAGUGAGUCUGUGACUCCUGGUCUUGUUAGCUGUCUCAGCUCUCGGUCCAGGCGUAGCUGGCGUGCGGGUCACCUGUUCACCUCACUUCCGGGUGCUCUCUUUGUUCUGUGUUGCCCUUGCAAAUCCAAUGUUUCCUGCCUGUUGCUACCCAGACUCCUGGGGUGUGGUGGCGAGGACCAGCUUCUUUAGUUUUCCAGCCGUGUGAUAUUGUGUUUCUCCCUACACAGACUUGGUUUCUUUCCCACAUAAAUGCUAUCUUGUCUUUAGGUUGAUAAGCAAGUGCUUAUUCUUGGUUAAAAAAUUAGUAACUAUAUUUUUCUCAUUUUUAAUAUUAAUCAAAUAUUAUAUUUUAAUACCUUUAAUUCAUUUAAAAAUUUUUUAUGAUUAAUCACACUUUUAGGAAAACUAUUUUGGACAACCCCAACUAUGAUGCAUCUAUAGCUUGAUACACACACACACACAUACACACACAGACACACACACACACACACAGACACACACAGAGACAUAGCUUAUGGUGGCUGUAGUUUAUGCUAAUUUUACUUUCACUAUUAAGAUAAAAUAAAGCCUAAGUAACUUCUGUCAAAAUGUAAAUGAAUAGUUUUUUAUUUUGCUUUCAAAAUUGCCUGUCUUUAAUAAGACAAAGCCUUAAGCCUUAUAAUUUUGCCUCAAAAAAAAAAUUCAGUGUGAGGAGUGAGUAUGUUCAGUCUUCCCCAUUUUUUCCUUGAUUUUUUUUUGAAAAAUUUCUAAACAUGCUUUGAAUUUCUUAUACAAAUUUUGUUUCUUAGAAGUUAAUCUGUGUGAAAUGAGAUACUUCAAAACCAUAAUCUUCAUUGUUGUAAGAAAUGGUUUCGAGGUUUUAAAUUCUAAACAAACUGUGACCAUGGCUGACUACACAUUUAAUUAUACAGUCUUCUCUCUAUUAACCACAGGCAGACUAACCUCAGUGUGGACUGUCCUUGAGACCUGAACCCUCAGGGAUGGCUUCUGGUGCCCACUCCUGGCAGCCACGGAAGAGCUCUUCUCUUCUGCCUUCCUCCCAGAGCCCAAGGACAGGCUUGUCUGGGGGUCAUUGGUCACCUGCAAAGACAGCACUUGCGACUGAGGAGUAUGGCCUAGUAAGGAGCCAGCCUCACCAGCCAGGGUCUCCCUCCCAGAAGCUGCCCGGGGACUGCCAUUCCUGCUGUUGCAGACUGUGGCCAAGCUUCCUCAUCUGAUGCUUAGUUUUAUUUCAUAAGCUUUUACCAACUCAGAAAAUAGGGGAGCAGCUGGAGGUCAUGGUUUAGGGGUGUUGAGUGAUGGUGUAGUAAUGCAGAGGAAUGUAAAGAAAGGGACAGGCAUGGGUGUGAGGGACACAUGCCCUGCCCCCUACACGGCCAUUCUGCAGCCCAACAUGGCUGCUGUGUGGAUACAGCACUUAGGAUUUUUUUUUAUCAUCUUUUUAAAAUUAUUUUCUGUCCUUACCCUCUAACAAUUCCCUUCAUAAUAAGUUCAUGUGUAAUGAUUGGAAAUUCUGUACAGAGAAACAAAACAUUAAAAUACUAUUAGAGCCAGUUCACAUGCUGGGAAACAUUAAAAGUAGUCUAAAUUAGUUUUUUUGCAGAAACCUUUUGUAACAGUCUGUCUUAAUGUAACUCCACCAGCAAGCUCUGCUUGUAUUUUCGGCAAGUCAGCUUGGAACUGAGGCCUUGGGGGCCACUGCAUACUUAGCCUCCAGCACAUGGAGUAGCAGCCGGUGCUCUGCGGCUGCGGUGGUGGUGGUGGCGGCGGCGGCGGCGGCACCGCGCCGGUUUUAUGGCAACAUGGAGUGGUAAUAGAUUGUAUGUAGCUGACAAUGCAGUAUUAAAGCGCAGUAUUUUGCAUAUUUUUAGCAUUUACAAAUAUUUUUGCUUUAGUGUGAGGAAAGGAAGGAAAGACAGAAGGCAACUGAAUAGUUAUUAUUGUGACAUUUAAAAAACAAAAUGCUGGGUAAUGCGUCCAUUAAAAGAUAAACCUCAGAGAUGCCUGAGAUGCCCGGCCGUGUGCUGUUGCAGUAGGCCAGCAGCGCGAAGGAGAAAACAAAAGGAUGUGUCUGUAAUAAAGCGAUCCUGCACAGGAGUGUUGUAUUUUUAUGAAUUUUAUGCCCCUUGUUUACAUGUACUAUAUAUGUUAAAUAAAAAAUCCAUGAAAACUGUA